AUGUUCUAUAGUAUUAUAGUAACGAACGUAUUCAAAAGAGCAGAUGGAACUAGGUGGUCUGCUCGGCAUGAAGCUUGUGACAGCUUAUAUCAAAACUAUGACGGUAUUAUGAAAAAUUUAAGUUUAUUAGAAGAAGAUGAUUUUGAAAAGGCGACGACGCGUUGUGAGGCAGCUAGCUUAAGACGUCAACUUGACCGUUUUGAAAACGUUUUUAUGAUUGUAUUUUGGAAUGCAAUUUUGGAGCGUUUUAAUAGCACAAGUAAAAAGCUUCAAAAAAGUGAAGAGUACGAGUUUGAUAAAGUAAGGACUAAAAAACGCAAACUUCAAGCAGACGAGACAAGAGAAAAUGAAGUUCAUAUGACUGGAAGUGAUAAGUUAAGAAUAGAAACAUAUUUUACCAUACUGGACCGAGUGAAGAGUGAACUUGAAAAAAGAUGCGCUGUUUAUACUAAUACAUUUGACAAAUAUGACUUUUUGACUAAUUUAAUACUACUUUCACCAGAAGAAAUAACUCAAAAAGCUAAUAAGCUUCAAGAAUUUUAUAGCGAUGAUUUAGAAAAAUCAUUCGCUUGUGAAUGUGUUCAUUUUCGAGCAUAUCUUCAAAGUAUUAAUACAAAUAUUGAUGGAGUUAUCGAAUUAUCAAUACACUUACGUGGUAAUAAUUUAGAUACAGUUUUUCCUAACGUAGAUAUUGCUCUACGUAUGCUUUUAUGUAUGGCAAUAACUAAUUGUUCAGCCGAGAGGUCUUUUUCUACGUUAAAACGUGUAAAAAAUUAUUUGAGAGCAAGUAUGGAAGGAGAUAAACUAAAUUCAUUAAGUUUAUUGGCAAUUGAAACUGAACUAGUGAACAAAAUGGACUUCGAUGUCAUAAUAGAUGAUUCUGCGACUCAAAAAUCGCGCAGAAAGCCGAUGAGCACUAGACAUUAA